CAGAUUCUCACCCACCUGGUGGUUUCGUUAAUCUUCUGAAUGAAAACACACCCAGCCAUGCACAAGGUGUGAGCAAUGGGAGCUCAUCACAACCCAUCAAUGUUGGUGAUGACACUAAUGAUGGGGAUGGUGCUAGGACUGAAAAGCGCUUGCUAUGGAAAAAGAGGAGGAUCUUAGAUUGGUGAGCGCUUGGUUGAAUAAUUCAAAUGAUCCAAUCCAAGCAAACUACAAGAAAAGCGCCCAGUAUUGGAAAGGUGUUACUGCUGUCUUCAACAGCACCACCCCCAAAAAUCGUGCUAGGCUAGUCAAGCAAGUUAAGGAUCACUUUGCGAGAAUUAAGAAGAGGGUUGCAUGGUUUUGUGGUAGCUGGAAGGAGGCUAAUGCUUUGUGGGCUAGUGGUGAAUCUGAUGUGGACUUGAUGGAAAGAGCACUCAAAUCUUAUGAAGUAGAUCACGAAGAAGAUGGUCCAUUUAUGUUUAAGCAUUGCUGGGAUGUUCUUCGCAAGGAACCAAAAUGGGAUGUGUAUUUGGCGUGCCUUGAAGAGCUAGAGCCAGAGAAUAGAAAGUUUAGUGUUGAUGAGGAUAUUGGGCAGCAUUUCUCUCUAAAUGAUGCUACAGAUGAAAGACCAAUAGGGGGCAAGAAAGCUAAGGAGCAACAGAAACGAAAAAGAAAGGACCAAGCUUGUGUAAUUGAUCUUGAAGAUGAGCUUCACAAGUUUGUAGAUGCUCAAAAUACAGCAAAUGAAGGUCGCAAAGAGCUGCUAGAGACACAGAGGCAUGUAUCCAAUGAGAAGCUUGAAGCUCGAAAGCUUGCAUACCUUGCAGCAAAAGAACACAAGGAGUCAACCAUGCUAGAAGCCUAUCGAUCAUUGAUGAUGCAAGACACAACUAUGAUGUCAGAGGAUGUGAGAUCUGAGCAUGUGCUUGCCUUGAGAUGUUUCAGGGAGAAAUUAUAUGGCAAAACUGACUAAGGACCUUGCUGUGAUCUGGUGAAUGCUGUGGAUGCUAUUU